UGUAUUUGCAGUGUGGAAAGCUUUGUACAAUGCAGAGUGGUUUCAACGAUGAUAGAGUACACCAAUAAUGUAAAUGCUAAGGACAAAAAUGGAUUAACCACCCUGAUGUACGCUCUUUCAUCAAAAGGAUGCGAUGAUGUCGUCAGAUUGCUUUUAGAAAAAGGGGCUGGUGUGAAUAUUCGAGAUCGGAAUGGUAUGAGUCCACUUAUGUAUGCAGUCAAUGGGUUAAGCUCAAAGUCUAUAGUAAAGUUGUUAAUAGAUAAAGGAGCGGAAUUAAAUGCUAAGGACAAUGAUGGCAAAACCGUGCUUCAGCAUUCCAUUGACCUUUGCUCUGCGGCCAUUGUGAAGUGCUUGUUGCAGGCAGGAGCGAGGGUAGAUGUUCCUGGCUAUGAUGGAUUGACAGCCUUGGCGUACACAGUACAAAGGUGCGAAGAAAAUACGGACGCUAUAGUGAAACUACUGACCAAAUAUAAAAGUAAUGUGAAUGCAAUAGACAGACAAAAUCGUACAUGUCUAAUGUUAGCUAUCGAAACGACAAAAGGGGUCCCUUCUAAUAGAAUGCCUCGAAUGUUCUACGUACUGCGAUACAUUAUAAAGGGGGCGGAUGUAUCACUGAGGGAUAAAGAUGGCCAAUCUGCAGCUGACAUUGCGAUGAAAUGUGGUCUCUCAUCAACAUUAAAAGACGUGAUAGAUCUCAGUACAGAUAAUACGAAUGACAAUC